AUGCUUCCAGAUUUGGAGGAGGUGCCGGAAAUCUGCAGCGUGCGGGAUGACUUCGCUCAAGCCUUUGCAGAAGUGCGAGCCGCUCGACCGGAUGACUUUGCCAGUGUCAUACGGCGUUUCAAGAAAAGAAAUGAGCACCAUGCGCUUCGGCUCACCCUUGGUAUGAAGCAGUGGGGAGACUUGCAGCGGCAGAAAGGGCAACCAUAUCAUGAGACACGGAUAUUCAUCGAUAACUUCUUGAAUCGUCUGUUCCUCUCCCGCAUCGGCAUGGAGACGCUCACAUCACAGUUCCUGGCACUUUCACGUGCUCCAGACGGAAUUGUUGACUUACAUUGUGACCCAUGCCAAGUCUGCGCCCAUGCCGCCAAGCAGGUAUCUGGGGUAGCUGGCGAAUACCUGAGGAAAGUUCCAAGAAUAGAGAUCUCCUUCCACGGCAAUGAGCGCGCUCGCACACUGCCGCUGAUCCCACAAUAUCUUCUGUAUAUUGUUGCGGAGCUUUUGAAGAACAGUCUUCGUGCGGUUGGUGAGCUGCAUGAGGCCAACCCGAGCGGCCGAGCCGAGCCAGAGCCAGUUCAGAUCCGUGUGGCAAGCGACGAGUCCCAGGUUGCGCUGCUAGUGAUGGACCGAGGAGGCGGCAUCCCGUUCCAGCGCCAGCCCCACGUCUGGAGCUAUAUGUAUUCCACUGCAAGGGGAAAUGAGGUGUGCGAGGCCACCGGCCGUGUUCUUCAAGAGGGCUCCAGCCCAACCUCCUUUUCGGGAUAUGGCGUCGGAUUGCCCUUGUCCCGCCUGUAUGCUGAGUACCUGGGAGGUUCGCUGCACUUGAUGUCCAUGCCGAACUUCGGCACCCAUGCCUACGUCUUUCUGCAGCAAAGCUCCGACCGUGCAGAGGCACUGCCCACCUACGUGAACUGGCUGCGUAAGCGGCGCUUGCGCGAAGACAUCCUCAAGUAUGAGUCACAAGAGAAACUCGCAGCAGCUGCGCGAGAUUAUGCUGAAGCCCUCCGCUUCAAGACUCUGGCAUCUGAAGCAAUGGUCGAGCUUUCCACCCUGGAAGUCUGA